AGCUGCUCCCAGGCGGUACCCGUAGGGACAGGCGUGCGGCGGGCGGUGGCGGUGUGCGGGCGGCGGCGCUGUGCGGCUCGGUAGGACCGGCGAAGACCUGCAGCGGCUCGCUGAGGCCGUGGGUCGCCGUUGCAGCUGCCGCGACUCUUGGGGCGAACCUGGCAGGCAGAGAGGAGCGGAAGGGAAGGGAUGCAUGGGCAUGGAGGUUAUGACUCUGAUUUUAGUGAUGAUGAGCAAGGUGGAGAAUCCAGCAAGAAGAAGAAGAAGACAGUCGAAGAUCAGUUGCUGCUUACAAAACCAUUUCAAAAAGAAAAACAUGGAAAGGUGGUCCAUAAGCAAGUCGCCGCGGACCUGCUGGACAGGGAAGAAGCAAAAAAUAGAAGGUUUCAUCUCAUAGCUAUGGAUGCUUAUCAAAGGCACACAAAAUUUGUAAAUGACUAUAUUUUGUACUAUGGUGGCAAAAGGGAGGACUUUAAGCGCCUGGGGGAGAAUGAUAAGACAGACCUGGAUGUUAUACGAGAAAACCAUAGGUUCCUAUGGAACGAGGAGGAUGAAGAAGCUAUGACUUGGGAGAAGAGACUUGCAAAGAAAUACUAUGAUAAAUUAUUCAAGGAAUACUGCAUAGCCGAUCUCAGUAGAUACAAAGAAAAUAAGUUUGGAUUCAGGUGGCGAAUAGAAAAAGAAGUAAUUUCAGGAAAAGGUCAGUUUUGUUGUGGGAAUAAGUGUUGUGAUGAAAAAGAAGGCUUGAAGAGCUGGGAAGUGAACUUCGGCUAUGUUGAGCACGGUGAAAAGAGAAACGCACUUGUUAAAUUGAGAUUAUGCCAAGAAUGUUCCUUUAAAUUAAAUUUUCAUCACAGGAGAAAAGAAAUCAAGUCAAAAAAAAGAAAGGCUAAAACCAAGAUUGCAUGUGACGAUUCACCGCCUAAGAAAUGCAGACCAUCUUCGGAGGCUUCCAAGGGGGAGGACGAAGGACAUUCAUCCUCAAAAGAGUCAGAAGAUUCUAGAAACAGAAACACUGAUGAGGAAGAUGGUGCUUCAGAAUCCGAGCUCUGGAAGGGUCCCCUGCCAGAGACUGACGAAAAGUCACAGGAAGAAGAAUUUGAUGAUUAUUUUCAGGACUUGUUUCUGUGAACUGGGAGAGAGCCUCGUUCCUUGGUGAGGUAGUGUGCUGUGAAACUCCGUGAACAUAUCCAUGCCACUGAGUGGACAGCCAUCAGGGCGUGUUUCAGAGGCUCGGGUGGGGACUGCCUCAGACACUUCCUCCUUCCCUGUCUCAGUUGCUUAUACACAAAUCUGUCUUGGCCAUAGCUCUCCAGUGACAUUUGCACAGGGAGUGAUUGGCAUUAAGGUGUAAAUAAAUUAUGUAUUGUCUGCUUUUAAAAUGGUCAGUGUCCGAGUUUUUCCUUGGACU